UGAUAACGAAAGUGAAGUUUCCAACGAUGAAAAUUCAUCCGAAGGCGAUGUGAUUGUCGAUUCAGAUGCCGAAAUACCGAGACCACAGACAUUGAAAGCCGAAGACAAAUUGUCCGGCCUUAUUCCGUUCCAGUUGCGGGAGAACAAUGAUAGAUACUACCCAAAUGCCGAGGUCACAAUCCGAGAAUCGAUUGUUGAAACUCUCCUACUCUGGAACACAUCGCCGCUCUAUGACACGCCCGAGAACGAUUUCAUGUUUGUACAAUUUUCGUUGAUCGACAUGUUUGGUGGAACCAAACUCUCUGAUGGCGAUUUUCACGAGGAAAAGGAAAAACUGGCAUUUGCUAAAGAAUUGUUCGCCAUUCGGGUCCAAGAUGAUGUUCUACGAUUGACCCGAUUCGACAAAUAUGCGGAGGCCGUUGCCAAACAAUUCCAGGACAAGAUCAAGUCUAAUCACUAAAUUUAACAUUUUGUCGCAUUUUCAUAUCAUUUUUCAAAUGAUUCCAAUGAAUUGAUCAAAUAAUGUGAAAAAAUCAAAGAUUAUAUACAUAUGUAUAUUUAGCAAAGUUUCUAGCAAAAGAUAAUAUUCAUCACAGUCUCUUAUUUUGAGAAGCAACUCACCGAUUGCGUCAAGUUUUUAGUUUUAUAUUAACUUAAAGAACAUAGAUGGAAAGACAAUAUGUAGGUUAAUCUAAAGAAAACAGUGCAUUUUUUUAAAUGUUUAAGAAUAAAAGAGACUGAUAAGAAUAUUUAUAAUUCUAACUGAAUCGAAUUCAAAAUAAAGUAUGUGUGCCUGAAAUUUAUAUAUAUGAAAUAAAAAAACAAUUUCUAUAUGUUUCAUUUCCUUAGGUUUUAUUGACUUGCUAUUUCCAGCACUAUUUUGAUUGCAGAACGAAAUAAAUAUAGAAUUUAAAUUGCUUUGCACUUGGCGAUUUUGCUUUAUUUGACUCAUUCAUAAGUAUUCAAAGUGAUCAGUCACAAUGAGUUUAAUAACGCAGAUAAUUGAAAACCAAGAUAUAUAAAUUUACUAUGAAAAUAUUCAUUGAACUAUAAACGAAUAACGUUUAGAACUCUAUUUUUAAAUAAAUAGUAAAUAAUAUUUAUGACUUUGAAUAUCACAUUUAAAAUAAUUCAGAAUUCAACUUGAUAAACAUUAUACGUUGGAGAGAAUCAUCGCUUAAGCUAUUUCUGAGCUUAUUAAAUACGAAUUUUAAUGUCGAAAAAUUCUGUUCACAAGUUACUUCAGUUGGUGGAAUGACGAACAUUACAGAAGCCAAUUUACAUAAUUCAGGUCGCGUUGUAUAACUAUUUCGCCAAAAUUCUAUCACACUGUCUCCGAUUGGCAAUCGGUUUGUUUGAAAAUCAAAUUCGUCGAGUAAGGAACUGAUUUUCUUUGUAGUACUUCGGGUCCCCGUACAUUUUGAUUGCAGCAAUCUUUCGAGCAAACUAUCAUUUUCAUCGGCUGCAAAUGACUCGUUCACGCCGACAACUUCACCAAUAUGAACUGCGUCCAAAUCCUCUUUUGACAAACCGGCGGCUUCAUCAAAUUGUUCAUUUUCUUCGGCGGCCAUUCUUCUACUCUCUAUCUUUUCAUACAGUUUACACAAAAAUGAUUUAGCAGCAGUU